CACAAAUCACAUAUUGAAAAAUGGCUUCAAAAGUGACGUUGACCGUCUUCAUAAUGGCAGCUCUAUUCUGCAGCUGCUUGGGAGGCUUGCUGCCAGCAGUCCCAGCAGCGAUACCCGCAGCCUACUCUGUUCCUUACGCCUCAUCCUACAAUGCACACGUCAUCAACCACGCCAUAUCAGCCCCACUUGCGGCGCCGCUGGUUGCCGCUCCAGCCUAUGCUUCAGCCUAUGCUCCUGCCAUAGCUCCUGUUGCCUACAGCGCGUAUCCUGCUCCACUGUUAGGAUAGAGGGGUGUAGAUGCUUAAUAUAAGUGAGAAGGGAAUAUCAGUUAUACAUUUAAAGAGCACAUACUAAGCAGUAAGAGUAAGUAAGAGUAAAAAGUAUCUAAUAAUGCGAGCCGUGAUGCCAUUUUACUUUUUUGGUUUGGGCUACUGAUCUAUAGUAGAUGUCUAUAAAGGUACCUACCUAUCCAUGAGAACAAGUUUGCUCUGUGAGAUGUGCCAGAAAUUUGUACAGUAUGUAACAUGUGACAUGUGGUGCAGGUUGCGUCGCGAACAUUUCUGGUUAGAAUGCGUUACUGGAACUUUUGUACGGAUAACAUGUUGUGGCUAUCGAAGUAAAUGUGUACGCGUGCAUGUUGUGCAAUAUGUGUCAGAUGUUCAGACAUGUUGUGACAUUUUGCAAGUGCAGCCAGACAAGUUUCGAUUUACGCAAGCUACAGGUACAUGUCGCUCAACAUGCGUCUGACACGAAUUCUUGUUAUAUAGGUAACAUAUCUCAAGGCUGGUGCAAUAUUUUGAUUCCUAUAAAUCAAUAUAUACAUCAAACGAGACUCUGCAAACAUCUAUAGGGACAAUAUUCUUACCAAUUUUUACUUUUAUUUUUAUUCCAGUUUAUGUAAUUCUUGGCUCCAAAAAGUAUGGAUUAAUUUCUAGUCACUGUAAACUUAUGUAUUCCAAUGCGCUGGAUUAAGAAAAUAUGCAAUAGGUCAUUUGACACGAGGUAUAAAUGAUGUUCUCUUUCACUUUCUUUAUAUUUUUGAAGCCAAUAAAAUUUUAUGUGAUAAUGUAAAUAAUUUUAGUAAUAUGCAAAUAAGCAUACCUAACACAUUCUCAUCACUUACCAAAGCUC